AUUUAAUGCUUUAAUGUUCUCUUCGCUUUGUAUAUCUUCGAUUGAGGAUGAAGUCAUAUCAUUCCUCGCUGCUUGUAAAAAUGUUUUAUCAAAAUGAAUCAUUAAAUUUCUAUAUUGAUGCAUAACAGAUGCUUCUUUAAUGAUGCUAGUUUAACCGGUCACAAAUUAAUCAAUAUCAAACAACUUAUUUUCAGCCAUUGAUCGAACUCAUCGCCUUGAAAAGCUAAGAAAUGAAUGUAUGAUAUUCAUUAACUGAGCAGAUUUCUGCAUGCUCUGCUUGAAGAAUUUCUUGGCAAUUAUUUUCAAAUUGAAGUAUGGGAUCGAAAUCCUCGGAUAAAUUCCUCAGGAAUGGUUCUGUUUCACAGGAAAAAGAGGUUUCUGCAAGUUGUGAUGUAACUGAUAUCAUAGGGGAUUACGGACCAUGGCAACGUAUGAUAUUCAUUCUGACAUGCUUACGUGGAACACCAACUGCAUUCUACAACUUAAGUACCCCAUUCUUUGCACCAAAACAAGAUGUUUGGUGCGCUCAACCACCAGGAUUAAAUUGGACUACAGCUGAGUGGCGAAAUUCUGCUAUUCCUCUUGUUGAAUAUGAUAAGAAAAUGGUGCCUAGUCGGUGCAGCAUGUAUGAAGUUAAGAUGGUAGAUGAUGAAUUUGUUCUUAAUGUAAAUAAAACUAUACCUUGUAGUGCCUGGGAAUAUGAUAAUUCAUUUUACAUCAAUACUUUAACCCAAGAAUAUGACUUGGUGUGCGACAGAGAUUGGCUAAUUUCCUACACACAAUCUAACUACAUGGCUGGCAUGAUGUGUGGAGUAUUUUUAUUUGGUCAUCUUGCUGACAGAUUCGGUCGUCAAAUAAUUCUUAACGUAUCUGUUACUUUGAUGCUUGUUGCUAGCAUUAUAACUGCCUUUGCUCCAAAUUUUACAUUUUUUAGUGUAACGAGGUUUUUAUUAGCUUUAGGUGUUGGUGGUACACAAAAUACAUCAUUUUGUUUGUUAAUGGAAGUUAUCGGUCCUAUAUAUAGGACUAGAGUUACGUUUGCAUUCUCUUUUGGUUGGUGCUUUGGUCUUCUAUUACUUCCUGGUAUGACAUAUCUAAUUAGAGAAUGGCAAUAUCAACAAUUAGCAAGUGCAGCAGUGUCUUCCAUUUUACUUAGCUAUUGGAUUUUUAUGCCUGAAUCUCCUCGAUGGUUAAUGACUCAAGGAAAAUAUGAAAAGGCUGAAAAAGUGAUGAGAUCAGCUUGUAAACGGAAUCGAUUAAAAACUAAUAAUAUGCCAGUUAUGAUGAAGCAGCUUAAAGAACGGAUUGAGAGGGAUGAGAGGAAGGAAAAUCCAAACAUUAUUGACCUUUUCAGAACUUCCAAUUUGCGUAAAAAUACAUUGUUUGUAUUUAUAUCAUAUUUUUCAGUUGCGUUUGUGUUCUAUGGACUAUCUUUAGGACAAACUACUCUGGCGGGGAAUCCUUUUCUCAACUUUUUUAUUGGCUCAGCUGUUGAACUUCCUGCCUAUUUCCUUUGUAUGCUAUUUAUUCGCUACCUAAAGAGGAAACCUUCCUUCUUAAUAUUUGAUAUUAUUGGUGGCUUAGCUUGUUUUCUUAUGAUAGAUUUAGGACAUGAAUGGUUGAGGAUAACGGCGGCCAUGGUUGGUAAACUUUGUAUUAGUGGUGCAUUUAUCAUACUUGCUAUACAUGCUGCAGAAAUAUUUCCAACUGUAGUCAGAACUGUUGGAUCUGGUACAAGUCUAAUGAUGGGAAGAAUUGGUGCAUCAGUAGCUCCAUUUGUUAAAGAAUUGGGUAUUGCUAUAGGAAAACCAGAUGAAGCACCUGCAAUUGUAUUUGGAUCAUUGUCUUUUCUGGCUGCACUUAUGAUUAUUCUGUUGCCAGAGACUUAUAAUCAGUGCUUACCUGAUACUAUUUGUGAAGCUGAAGAGUUGGGAAGUGGAUUCAAUUUAGCACAAAAAAUUGAUUCUGAUGAUCCUGAAGAAAUUAAUGAGGAAAACGAUAUCAAAUUAAGCAUGCUGAACAAUGGAAAAGAUUGCAAUGCCUGAUAUCUUCUAUGAAUAAAGCAAGAAUACUUUGUUACCAUUACCUGUAUUUAUUACAUUUUUAUUUACACACAAGUGAUAUAUUUUAUUGUUUUGUUUAUUUGAGUUGCUGUUAACAACGUUUUUACAUUUAAAUAUUUUAUCUUGCUUAGCUUAUUUGUGCAGUAUGGUUCUUGUUAAAUUGUAGUUUAAAAAAAAUUACAAUUUCUCAUCUAAGCUUCAAUUAUGUUUAUUCAGAUAUUAAAUGAUCUGGAUUUAUUAUCAGGAAUCAAUAUUAAUUAAUCAUUCAUUGAAUGAAAAAAUAAAACAUUAUUUAACUGAUUACUAAUGUUCAGAGGUGUUAAAGUCAAUUUAUGCCUGUUUGUUUUAUAAUUUGCAGUAUAAAGGUAGAAUAAUUAAUUCAGGGCAUAAAAUUUCAGUUCUAAAGAUUUUAGUUUGGCAAAAAAAUUUUACUGUCUAUUUUAAAUUUAUGAAAAAUAUGAAUAAUUUUUAAAAAAGUUGACAAGUUAAGUAUGAAGAACAAUUUCAUAACUGAAACCAUAAAGGAAUGCAGAAAUUUUAAAAUCAAAACAUAUUUAUUUUAAUAAUUUCAUAGGUAAAAUGUAGAUUGUUCUAAAUUGAAGAAAAAUGCAGUUAUCUGGUUUCAAAAAACACUUUCCACUGUGUUAAGAUAAAAUGGUGUAAGCUUAUAUAGCUUCACUAAACACAACAUUUUAAACUCGAUGCCAGCCUUAAAUAUUUGGUUGUCAAUGAAAAGCUGAUGAGUGUGAAUUUUGCGUCCUGAAUUAUUUUGUUAUAGAAUAUAUAUUGAUUAAAAUAUUCUAUGAAUUAAGAGUUUGAAAUUUACAUUCUUCAUGAGUAUUGUGUUAGCCAAUAAAAAAAAACUUUAUUUAAUUUAGCUAAUCACAAAACCAUGCAUCUCAUU